CACAACUGCCAGCUUUCAACACACAGGAACUUCCGCAGGUCUGUCAUGAUGCUACGACUCCUUGUUGCUUUGACGGUGGCUGCUUUGUCAACAGAGGUCUACUCCACCAACAGUGUAAAAUCCACCAACUACAGUGAAGAUCAGGUCAUACUGAAAGCUCUGAGAGAUUUAAGCCAUGUAUCAAUACUACCAUCAACAACGUUGUCUGGAAAUGUACCUGCUGAUAAAGUCCAGUCAGCUGAUAGAAAGUUUCCCAGGGCAAGAUGGUGGAUCCCAAAGGUUAUCCUCCCACAGACUGUCAAGAAACAUCAAGACAUGUCCUCAUACAACUUCAACUCCUUUGGUCUCCGUUACGGAAAAUGACUUAUGUCUGUUGUUAUUCUAUGUUAGAUCUGAUAUUUUCACUGACUGUAUUUUAGUUUAAUUUAUACAUUCAGAGCAGGGAAAGAAAAUAACUGUCACUGUUAAAGGCUCAAUAAAAAUGUCAUUAAACGAUUA